AUGGUUAUCCUUAAUGACAUCUGGACUAGAGAUAUGAAAAGAGAAGUCUACCUGUUCAAGGGAAGUACUGUAUGGAACGUGGUACCAAGGGAGCUAUCUAUUGAUCAUGGAUUUCAUCUAAGAGAGGAGCCAUUGGCAAUAGACCGAGCUUCAAAAGCCUGGAAUGAAAGAGUAAAUGCUUCACAAAUCAACCUAGGAAAUCAAGAAAGCAAGGAGAGCAUGAUUUUCCUUAUCACAAAUGAAGUUGUAAAUCUGAUGAUGGGUUCCCUAGUUUUCAAAAGGAUUUUUCAGUUGCCGUCUUUCUACAACAACUAUCGUGUGCUCUCAAAUUGCUCUUUCUCCACCACCGAGUAUUGUUCAAGAUUCACUCUCUUCAUCAAGAUGUCUCAACAAUCGUCUUCCUUCUCUCCCAAAGAAGGGUCUCCUCUCAAUAUGCAUGAUACUUCUACAAGCACUGAUAUGACUAACCCUAAUGAGUUUCUGAAUGUUGCACCCUUGAGAAUGGUGCAUGUUGACAAUUUGAAGAACCCUGAACCCGCUGGUGUACCUAAGGAAGACAUCAUAGGAAAGCCCUCUAAUGAUAAUGAUGUCCACAUUGUUGAUAAUAAUGCACACACUCCUGAAGGUGAUGUCACAAAGGAUGUCAAUGACAUUGGGAAUAUUGGUGUUGAUGCUGGUACAGGUACUGCUAUAAGAACAGGCUCACAUGUUGUGGAUCUUGAUGACUUUUCUGAUAAUGAACCAAUAGCUGCUGUGAAUCCUGGCUUAACCAGGAGGCUUAUGACUAGGAGGAAAGGUAAGGAUGUUGUACAAAGUUCUCCUAAGAGAAAGGUUUCUCCUAGAAGUCCCUCUGUUGACUUUAUUAGGAAGAAAAGUACCUCUACAGAUCCCAUAAAGAGCAUAGUUAUGUCUCAGAGUGUUUCUGUUGGUCCAACCAAAUCUUGGAGCAAAGUUAUUCCCAAGAAAAGGAAGGCUCAAGCUAUAGUUGACUCUGACUCUGAUGUUGAUGUUGAUGCUCAAGACAUUCCACUAAGGAAGAAACCAACAACUAGCAAGCUGGUUGCUAGUGUUCCUGAGGUACCCAUUGAUAAUAUCUCUUUUCAUUAUCCUUCCAGUGUCAAUAGGUGGAAAUAUGUUUACCACAAGAGGUUAGCUUUGGAAAGGGAGUUGGCUAAGAAUGUCCUUGAGAAUAAAGAAAUCAUGGACUUGAUUCAUGAAGCUGGACUAUUCAAAAUUGUUGUUCAUUUGCCUACGUGUUAUGAAAUGCUGGUUAAACAGUUCAUUGUGAAUCUAUCACAAAACUGUGCUGAUAGAAAAUCAAAGGAUUUUAGAAAAGUAUAUGUCAGAGGAAAAUGUGUUACCUUCUCCUCCACUGUUAUCAACAACUUUCUUGGAAGAUCUGAUGAAGCUCAACCUGAGCUGGAAGUGACUGAAAACAAAAUAUGCGAGGUUAUCACGGCUAAGCAAAUGAAAGCCUGGCCCCUGAAAGGAAAUUUUUUUGCAAGCAAGCUCAGCAUAAAAUAUGCAAUGCUACACAAGAUUGGAGCUGUUAACUGGGUGCCCAUAAAUCAUAAGUCAACUGUUGCUAUUGUGCUGGGAAAGUUUAUAUAUGCUGUUGGAACCAAGACCAAGUUUGACUACGGUACUUACAUAUUUGAUCAGACAAUGAAGCAUGCCGGGAGUUAUAGUGUGAAGGGUCCUAUUGCCUUCCCGUCUAUCAUAUGUGGUAUAAUUGUGAAUCAGUACCCUAAUAUCCUAAGUGAAAAUGAUGAUGUUUGCAAGAGAGAAAGUGCUUUAUCAUUUCACUACAAACUGUUUCAAGGAACACAUGGUCCUGACAUUGUCACAACAUCAGCUGGAACAUCCAAAGACAACACAACUACAGGGUGA